AUGGAAUGGGAGUCACAGAGACCGAGCGCUCCAUCCACCCCGACGAGUGUCACCAGCAUGUCGAGUCACUCUACAGGUACAGGGGGGAGUGCUGGGGGGCGACAACAGGCGCAGCAGUACAAGCCGUUGAACCACAGUGCAUCAGUGGCUGCACUUUCAAAGCUUACAAACGAAGACCUGCGCAGGAAAGGCACAGACGAUUUGAUUCAGAUUCUACGCCGGAUUGAGCACGACUAUAAAAUUACAUUUGGUGAACAUACCACCAUAAUGAAGGAUGUUAAUCGAAGGAUGCAGUUGGGGUUGUUAGAGAUAAGGGGAGUGAAGGAAGUAAAUCAGAAGAUUCAAGACGAUAACCAAGAAUUGAGGGAUCUUUGUUGUUUCCUUGACGAUGAUCGACAGAGAGGUCGGAAAUUGGCGCGUGAGUGGCAGAGAUUUGGUCGGUACACUGCUAGUGUCAUGCGAAGUGAAGUUGCAGCAUACCAGGAAAAACUGAGGGAACUGGAGAAGAAACAAGAAGAGUUGAUAGCAGAAAAUACCGAACUGAAGGAACUGUGUCUCUAUCUGGAUCAGGAACGAAUGGAGUUUUCCCAGGACCGAGAUGACGGGGACGGCAGUAGUAAUGGUACGGUAACGGGCCAUGAGGAUGGUCAUCACACUGGCCAUGACCCUAAUGCACCUCAGCAUCACCACAGAAGUCACACCAGUGUUCCCGAUCAUACAGCAUCUUAUAUUCGGCAGUUGGAGGAGAAGGUUAGGCAGUUGGAAGGUGGAAAGAGACAGCUUGCCCAGAGAGUGGACAGAAAUUCGGCUGAAGGUUACAGAUCCACUGACUUACAACCACAGAUUCUGCAGGCUUCGUCAGCUGGUGUGAGCAGGCGGUCCCGCCCAAUGGGUCACUCUCAGGGUGUUAGUGCCAUUACGUCGGCCUCUGGAGCUGCCAAGCCAGAGGCUGUUGUGCAUGCUAUGAAGGUGUUACAAGUCCAUGAGCAGCUGGAGCGAGGUCAGCAGAAUCUGAGUGACGAGAACCUGGACGACAAGGAGAAAGCCAUCGUCAGAGAAAUGUGCAAUGUUGUGUGGAGAAAGCUUGGUGAUGUGUCUCAAGACCGCAACAACAAUCAAAGAUCAAAAUAUGCAGGAGCAGUCCCGACUUCAUCAAGACCAAUCUACCCACCCCCUCCAGCUCCAGACGAUCUACCAUCCCCACCUCCUCCACUACCAACUGACAACAGCCCCCCACCACCGCCGGCUCCAGGUUACCAGCAGUCAGCAGCUAGUGAUCUGCUUCCUCCACCUCCACCACCAGUACCUGGGUACCAGCGACAAGGAACUGCAGACAUCCCCUCAUCACUGACAUCGCUGUACCACCCACCCCAGUCGAGUAGCACCUACUCCCACUACCAGUCUGCGACAUCCCACCACCUGUCAGCACCCACCAGCCACCCAUUGCCAGGGUCGUACUCAUCGGCUGGAGGAGGACACCAUCUGACUACUUCUUCAUCUCAUAUCUCUGGAUCUGCCUCUUCGUUGCCAACAUCUCACGCGUUGUCGAACGGCUACCAUUCAGCCUCGAACUUGCCAUCCCAUUUCUCAUCCAGCACCAGUGCCACUUACACCGCACCUUCUGGUCAUUACUCGACGUCAAAUCUGCCAUCACACUUUGCAUCAUCUACUGCGGGCUCCCAUCUGACAUCAUCAUCUCACAGUGCAGCAUCCACUCACUACACACCUACCAGUAUUCCCUCGCCUCACCUCUCCAUGGCUACAGGUCAUCACAUGUCUCAUCUCAUAGGAGCUCAUCUGCCGACAGGGCAUCAGGUGAUGGCGCCGACCGCAAGUUACCACAUACCACAGUCGGUUCCACCUCCGGCUCCAAGGAAUCAUCACUUAUCCAGCACCCAGCAGAUCUCCACCACUCCCACCCCACCCCCACCACCUGCUCCCAAUGACAACCCUCCCCCACCAGCACCGAGACAGCCCUUUUAUCAUCAGGAGUGGAGGCAGAACUUCAUGGAUGGGUCUGGACAUUAAGUCAGAAGUUCAGGAUUACUGGCCAUCUAACAAGUGUCGAUUAUUAAUGAGUUUAACAUUGUAGUCUGUUAGUAUCUGUGAAAAUGUAGAGGGAAAAGAUAUUUUGUGAAAGAUCUAUACUUCAUAAUUAUUUUAUAGUAAUAUGAAAAAUCCCCAGAAAUUUUAAGAACAUCUUUUCUUGAGAUUUUUGCUUUUGUAUAUCUUUGUUUUGUGUCAUUUAUUAAUUUUUUAUUCUCUUGGAAGUAGAAUCAUCAAAGUAUUUUAUCACUAUAUUUCAAUAAGGAUUAGAACUCUCAGGAAGUUUCUUAGCUUUGCCAAUGGAAUAACAAAGAUAUACAACAUAUGAAAACCAACAUUGGUUGUUUAAUAUGAAUGUUUAACAAUUCUUCAGCACACAAAAAUACGGCUAUUGUGUGUCAAACUAAGGCAAAUGAAAUGAUAAUUUGUUCAAUAUGAAACCAGAUAAACAACAUAAUAUACAAAAUAUGUUGGCUUUUGAUAUUUGUACAAUCCAUCCCAGCUUUUCUGUAAUUUCAUUAUUGACUGGGUUUAUAUAAAGUUUGACAAACAGUUUGUAAAACUUUGCCUAUACACUUUUAUUCACAGAUAUUUACAGACCACAAACUAGUUUAAUGUUAGAUGAUGAAUAUGUCCCAAUGUUUACUUGUACACAUGUUGGUUGUGGUAUCAUCAUUCAUGUAUUUAUAUCUGUCUCAUUGAAAUUUCAUCUUGAUCAUUUUACUCACCUGUUAUUUCAAUAAUUUAUAAUUCUUUGACAGUAUCGUUUUGUCUAGAUAGUUUAGUUUUUUAUGUCAGACUUCUUAUGUGUUAAAUUAAAAUUAAUUUUGUAUGAAUUAUGUGUGUAUGAAAUGUUUGAAAUGUGCAGUAUAUUUCCAUCAAUAUAGUUUUACCAGAUACAUGGACUAUUUUAUGUAAUUCUGGAUACAGUGUUUUUGACUAAUUUUCAUAAGUACUAGUUUGAUUUAAAACUGCAGUCUGAAGAACAUUUUGAGUCAAUUUUUGUUUUGUUACCAUGACAAACCUUUCUUUGAUUUCCUAACAUCUUGUUUACAGUCUAGGUCCCAUUCAGAGGUAGUUUUAGUGAAAUUGACAUCUUUUUGUGGGAUGCCACUUCAGAAUUCUUUGGGAAAUAAUACUCCAUUGAUAUAUACACACACAUUGGUUACAAGUAAUUUUUUAAGAAUUAUUAAAAUGACAAUAAGAUGUGUAUUGCAUAUAGGGAGUUAUGGCCUAAGUUUAAUAUAAUAAUAGGUCUGUUUACAUUAUACAUUAAUAAAAUAUUGUAUAGGAUGGAUAGGUGAGAUUGCAGGUUUAAUACACCAUACAUCAUAACAUUGUGCAGAACUAGUCUUUAACAUUACAUUCAGAGAUGUACAGUGGACAGCAUGGUUUUUAUUGUUGCUUUUUGGAGUUGUUUUUUGGGAGGGUUACAUAAUUACUAACAAAAAUACAUUACAGUGUUGUUACUGCUACUGCCUGAACUCAUUGACAACAUGGGUAUUAUAAACUUAUUGACAACAUGGGUAUUAUAAAUUUAUUGACAACAUGGGUAUUAUAAUUGUUAUUUUUAAAAAUAUAGGAAGUCUGUUAUUAAUGUAAUUUUGGAAAAAUUUACCUACUUGCUAAUUUUGGACCAUCACCCCAAAACAUUAAUAAAAAGAACAAAUUGUUUACACUGCAUUUAUAUUUUAAAAAACGGGCGACCUAAAAUAAGUCUGUUUAAUUCCUUUGCCCACUGUUGUAUGAAAGUUGUUUGUUUUUUCUUUGAGAAUUAGGGUUAUUUUUGUGUGAUUUCAUUAUGUUCUAUUAAUAUGACCAGGCGUUUAAUAACAUUAUUACCUAGUGCUGCUCAGAUGCUGUUAUUAAUAAUGUGAUGUUGAUUAUCAAGUGUUGAAUUUAUACGAGGCUGCCUGUUUGUUUUGUUACUUAUUGAUUAGGAUAAUUCUAUAAAAAAAAAUAGAGUUGUUGUUAAUAGGUAUAACGUGCACACUUAAUUAUGUCUCACAAAUAAUUAAUGUAAUGAGAUGUCAUCUAUCAUGAUUACUGUGAUUUGUGAUUGUCAUGUGUUUACUAAUUCUUUCUUUUUAUCACUUGUUAACAAACAAGAAUAGAUACAGAACAAACUAUUGAUGUAUUGUUAGAUUACUUUUAUGAUUUCAAGAACAAAUCCUUUUUGCUUAAGGUUCCAAUAAAAUAAUGUGUCAGUUGACUCAAUUUUCAAAUAAACACUAUGUAUUGUUUUGGAGGAAAUACAAAAUCCACUGUUGGUUGUUCAGUCAUGUGCAAAGAUCUGUUUGACUAGUCUUGGUGAAAUAUGAUAUAUUUUCAUUUAAAAAAAAGUGUGUAAUUGAGAUAGAUGAUCAUGUAUAAUUUUAUAAUCAUAAGAUUUUUUUAAAUAUAAAUUGUUGUAUUUCGAUGCCUGCACUUGUAUGAUCAAGCAAUGGCAGAUAUUUGCUAUUAUUACCCAUAUGGUUAAACAUAUCUUGGUACAUAUCAAAGUGCUGAUGUCAUCGAUUGGCACACUACAACUUUACAGGAACGUCAACCAAACGAGUUGAGAGAUAUAAAUUUAGAUCAAUUAUGGAUAAUAAAUGGGAUAUUAAACUCUGUACCAUUUCAUAUCACGUUUAUGUCCCUUGUGAAAUAAUUGUCAUUGUCACUCACAAAAGAAAUUGAAAAUUAUUUCACUCAGGACAUAAAGAUGAUAUAAAAUGGAAACUCAUUUAAUAGCAAAUAAGUAUGUCUCAGUUUUAUCUCUAGUUAACAGUGAAGAGUGUUAUUGAGCCUUCAUUACUGUCUCAUAAUUUGUUUUUAAUUUUUAAUAUCAUCUCUAAAACCAACUAUGCCAAUGUUAAUUAAUCUUGAUGUGGACACUCACCAAGUCCUAACCAAAUGUUGCUAUUUCAAAGUUUAUUCUAUCGCCAACAUAAGUUUUCAUUGAUUUAUUUUAUUCUUGGAGCUUUUUUUUUUUCUUCUUUGUAUGAAAUUUGUAAUUACAUGUAUUUGUGCUUUUGACUCAAUUAUUUUAUAGAUAUGGACUGUUAUGCACACUGAACUUAUUUAAAGUGACUAAUCCCAAAUACAUGUAUCAGUGUGAGGAACAAGCAUUAAUUUUAGAUUGAGUAAUACAGCAUGUAGUUAGUUUGUUAAAUCAUGGUGUGAAUCAUGUUAAAUCAUGGUGUGAAUCAUGUAAAACCAUGUUAUGAAUCAUGUUAUAUCAUGUUAAUAAUCAUGCCAAAUCAUUAUGAAUCAUGUUAAAUCAUGUUAUGAAUAACAAAUCUACACUUUCAGUAUUUUUAUAACUUGUUUUCCUCAAACUAUUUUUGCCUAAGAUUUUAGAAUUAACUAACACUAUCUUUUUACACUAUUUAUUAUAUACUCACAAUACACAGCAAAUGUUCUUUGUUCAAGACGUUUGUGCAACUACUUAUAUAUAUGUAUGAAUAAAUGGCAGCUCAGUAAUAAGUACUGCAGUGAAAAUGGUGCCAAAUUUUAUUGUAAAGUUUCUCUCUUUUAAAAGCUAAAUGUUGUCUGUACAGGUAUACAAAGAUUUUCUUUGUGAAUAUUUAAUGUACAUCCCUAUUCUGUUAAGAUUGAAACCCAUUUCUAGUAGUUGGACAGUUGACCCUACUAAAUGUUGCAAUAGGAUAUAUUCUGAAAAGACAAAAAUAUUAAUUUGUCCCUUUUUACCCACAUAUUUCAAUAAAUGUAAAAUCAUGAUGAAUAUUAAUGCAGAACAUCCACAGCUGCAGAUUGAGGAAAAUUAACAUUUGCAUAAACUUACUUUAAAGAGACAUUUUCAGGGUAAGAGAAUAUAAAUACUUAGAAAGUAAAUUCUAGAAACAUUUGUAUGUGGGGUAGCUACUUUUGUUUCAUCUCAUGUUCUUUGCUAUGUUAUGACAUUUUUAUAACAUAAAAUACUCCUGUUUUAUUUUGACUUAAGUCAUUUGAAAAUAUAUUGAAUCAUUAAAUACUUCUUUGUCAACAUAUUUUUUUUAAAUGCUCAUUGUAAUAAUGCCACGGUUGUGUAACAUCAUAUUACAGAUUGUGAUUGAGAACUCUACUCGUACAUCUAUGCAUUGUAACAGAACGCUGUACUGUUGAAGCAGACAUACAUAAGUAGUUCAUGUUUGAAUUCAUCAUACAAACGUGACCAGCAAUUUUCUAAUUUGAUUGUUUGCCAUUAAACAGACUGUCCCGAGUUUGUUGCCAUUGUUAAGAUGUUGCCAACUUACGGUAAUGUUUUAAUUUCGAAAAUUACAUAUUAAGAAAAAUUUUCCUGCAUAAAAUAUCAGAGGCUGAGUUUCUGAUCAUUCUUGUAUCUGUACUAGGUAAAACUUCAUUUUAUUUCCUAAUAUAUAUGUUUGUAUGUACAAAAUUAUUGGGAGACCAGAUCCAAUUUGGACUACUUUUUAACAUUAGGACAACCAGAAACGUGUUGAAUAUAGAGAUACUGACAUUCUUAAAUAGAAACUAUUUAGUAUGUAAGUUUAUUUGUUAAAAUAUUUUAUUAGAAACAUCUUAAAAUGGCAGAAAACUUAAGACAGUCUCUUUAAGCUUGAUUUACUACUUCAGAUGAUUUUAUAUAAAACAGACUGAAACUGUGUUAACAGUAUUGUUAAGAAUCUGGAGUUUGCAACUACUGCUGUUUAUUCAGUUGCUCCAAAAUACCUUUAAGCAUUAUUUUCAAAAUGGUUGUUACAGGAAUUAUGAUCAAACUUCUUUACCUAAUUAAUUUGUAAUAUUUCAAUACAUGUACGUGUAUUAAUCUACAUUAUUUGUUUCUUACUAUUAAAUAUGUAAGACUUAUUUCUUUAAUAUGUGAUCUAUAAUAGGGUAAGGAUUUCUUGUAUUUGAGUUAAGUUAAAGUGUGAACUUGGAAAAUGAGUUAAUUUCAAUUUAACACAGUGGCAGUCCUCUUGCCAAUUGUAAAUUUGUGUAAUGCUCACCAUGUAAAAUUUAAAAUGUGAAUGACUACCUUAUCAUUUUAAGCAGUUGUUGCCUGGUAGUUCAUUUAGUGAACAUUUUUCUUCAAAAAAUAAAACAAAAAACACAGAAAAAACAACAACACUGGUUCUGUAAGCUAGCUGGACUUGCAGUUGAUAUCUCUGGUAGUUCAUUUAGUAAAUAUAUAUAUAUUUUUUUUUUUUUAAAGACAGAUGAAACACACCCGUUAUUGUAAACUAGCUAGACUUGCAGUUAGCCACCUAGCUGGAACUUAUUUGUUUUGUUUGAUCAUCUUACUCACUAAAAAUAGCAGCAGGUAUCUACCAAUGAAAAUUCUUCUGUUUUUGAUUUUUCGCAAGAAGGUAUCAUUGGUAGAUAGUGAGAUUUCUGAUACACCGUACUAAUAGUAUUGAGUUGUCACCUCAUUUCACAAGCAUAAUGUGCACCAAGUGUGUGUAACAGUUACCUGUAUGCUAUGUAGCACCAUUAUAUAGUUUGUGUUAGUCAUCUCAACUAAACUCUGUUAUCUCCACAAGUACACAUGUAAUCUCAUCAUCAGGAAUGAAUCUUUUGAAUUCCUUUGUUUUGUUUUGUUUUUUAUUAUUAUUAAUUAUUAUUAUUAUUAUUAUUAUUAUUAUUAUUAUGAUUAUUCAGGGAAACCAUAUUACAGUUCAUUAGUUUGUACAAAAAAUGUUCAUUAUUAAAACAUUUUUUAUAUCUUAUAUUACUGAUAAAACUAAAAGUUGUUCUGGGAAUAUAUUUACAGUGAGCAGCAUUAAAGACACUAGUUAUUAGGCAGUGUGAAAUAUUUCUGGCUAUUACAGCUGUUUUACCGUUAUAUUACACAUAACAUACAACGUCUUGCUUAUAUCAUUGAUUUUGGAAAAUUCAAUAUCUUUUUGAUUAUCUUGGUGUUUGUAGUAGAUGCAAAUACAUUUUAUGCAAAAGAGAAAGGGUACAUACCUUGGAACCUGGGGUCAGUGACUCUAAGAACAUUCUCUGGUCAAUCAUUUUAUGUUACGCCAAAUGAUUGUUUCUGCAUGAAUGCAGAUUGAUAUUGACUUUUGAAAGUUUCAGUAAUUGUUAACUGAAUUUAGCCGACUUGUCUGAAAACAGUAAUGCUCUUAAUAAUUGAUAGUGUUUGUUUAUUCAUUCCUAAAUUGUGAAUAGAUGAAAAAAGAAAGUGGUGUAAAUUAUAAUGUAAGUAAUGUUUUUACAAGACAGUCCAUACCUUAUUUUCAUAAACCGAAGGAAAUGUUUUAUUUAACGACACACUCAACUUCUUAAAACGAGUGAUGGUACAUGUACAUUGUCAUAUUUCACUGCCACAAAAAGCAGAAUUGGUGUUGAGAGGGAAAAUAAGCAAUAUUGUAAUUUGAUCUUAGAAAACUAGCUGCAUGUAUGUAUAUAAAGAAAGUAGUUUGUUACAUCAGUGCCUAAGCAGUUAAAAUACUGACUGCCUCUUGUUGUUACGGUUGUGAGUGUAAUAGUUGACCUAAAGGAUUCAUUGUUUUAUAUUAUAUGCAUUUAUCACAAAUCACAACUUUUGAAGUGUAAUAUUUUUUGUAUCUAACAAUUUACAUGUUUAUUGUUGGUGGUAUAUAUUAUUUCCUUUUUUUUUCCUUUAUCACCAUUUUUAGAAUGUUUGCUUCAUAUUUGUACUGGAGAUUUUGCUAAACUAUAUUAGAAAUUUGUCUCAAGUCAUUUGCAAAGUAAAUUUAGUGAUAGACA